GCAUGUGAAGGGAGCAAGAAGGGGGUAAACGAGGCCCGACAUCUCAGAGAAAGUUGCUGUAAAAAGGAAACGAGAAGUGCGUGGAACCGGGAGAGAGCGUGAGCACGAGGGGAACCGGGGAAGAAAGAGAGAAGGGAGCGGGCCCCAUGAGUGCCGCACACUGCGGCUGUGACGAGUUGGACUUCAGGCUGAUCUUCGGGGAGGAGGCGGCGCAGCCCCCGGGACAGGCGGAUCUUGAGCCUGAUGACUGUGCGUCAUUCUACAUCUUCAAUGUAGACCAGCCUCCAUCUGCAGUGAACCAGCCCAUCUGCAUCCCGCGACAUGGGCUUCAGCCCCACUGCACAUCCAGGUCUCCCCAGUCUCGUUUUCAGGACUACAAAUCUUACGAUGGAGCCUGUGAGAUUCCGCAGCCCAAGUACAAUUCUGCUGGGGGGCCCAAGGCCUUUGAAUGUCCCAGUAUUCAGAUCACCUCAAUUUCUCCAAACUGCCACCAAGACAUUGGAACGACAGAGGAACUACACAGUAACGGGCAGGAGAAUGAGUACAUGGACAGGCCGUCACGGGAUCACCUGUAUCUCCACCUUGAGCCAUAUAGGGAACCAUCCUUAAGUCCCAGCCCUGGGAGCAGUAUAUCCUCCAGAAGUUGGUUCUCUGAUGCCUCAUCCUGUGAAUCAAUUUCUCACAUCUAUGACGAUGUGGACUCAGAAUUAAAUGAGGCUGCUGCACGGUUCACCCUUGGGUCACCUUUGGGAUCUCCAAAUGGUUCUCCCAGAGGUUGCCCAGGUGAUGAAUCUUGGCAGCAGUUUGGCUAUGGGGCAUCAUUAUCACCUAGGCAAUCCCCUUGCCAUUCUCCCAGGACUAGCAUUACUGAUGAGAAUUGGCUUAGUCCAAGGCCAACUUCCAGACCUUCCUCCAGACCAACUUCCCCGUGUGGUAAAAGACGACACUCCAGUGCUGAAAUAUGCUACACAGGCUCCGUCUCCCCCCAUCAUUCCCCUACACCAUCCCCUGGCCAUUCGCCAAGGGGAAGCAUUACUGAAGAUACAUGGCUUAGCACAUCCCACCAUUCUGGGACUAACCUACCCUCAUUCCAAUGUUGCCAGGAGACAGACAUCCCCAUGAAAUCUAGGAAGACCUCAGAUGAUCAGAGCGCAACAUUAUCAGGAAAGCUUGAUCUCUGUGGAGAUGAUCAGAGAAGCUUGUCCCCUUCUCUAGAAACACCUACAGAAGACAACACCUGUUCACAGCACUCAAUGAAAAAGGAUUCUUCUGCUGAUCAGUUCCUUUCAGUCCCUUCCCACUUUACAUGGAACAAACCAAAGCCUGGACACACACCUAUAUUUCGGACCUCAUCUCUGCCCCCACUUGACUGGCCAUUACCCAACCAUUAUGGGCAAUGUGAGCUGAAAGUAGAGGUGCAGCCAAAGACUCACCACCGGGCCCAUUAUGAAACCGAGGGCAGUCGAGGAGCUGUGAAAGCUACCACAGGUGGUCAUCCUGUAGUGAAGGUAUGUGGCUAUGUACCAGUCUGUCCUUUAAAUUAGGAGCUCUUUUUGGGGUCCAGUAAUGACCGUUACCUGAGGCCCCAUGCUUUCUACCAGGUACAUCGCAUCACUGGCAAAACUGUAGCCACAGCGAGCCAGGAGAUAAUCAUAACCAGCACCAAAGUCUUAGAGAUCCCUCUGCUGCCAGAAAAUAACAUGUCUGCCAGCAUUGACUGUGCUGGGAUUCUAAAACUGCGAAAUUCUGAUAUAGAGUUGCGCAAGGGAGAGACUGAUAUCGGUAGGAAGAAUACUCGUGUGCGCCUUGUGUUCCGAGUGCACAUACCCCAACCCAAUGGCAAGGUUCUGUCUCUACAAACGGCUUCCAUCCCUAUUGAAUGUUCUCAGCGAUCAGCCCAGGAGCUACCACAGGUGGAAAAAUAUAAUAUGAACAGUUGCUCAGUGAUUGGCGGUCUAGAGAUGGUGAUCACAGGAGCCAACUUCCUACCAGAAUCCAAAGUGAUUUUUGUAGAGAAAGGGCAAGUUCCACUGACCCAUAUAUAG